GUUUGCAAGAAGAAGGGAUCAGAGAGAGGCCUUGUUGUUGCAUUCUCAGGGCAUCACAAACAAACAGAAGCCCAGAAUUUAGCAAGUUCUUUCCUUUUCUCGUUCGGAAAAUCUGAGGUUGCCAAUUGCCAUAAUCAUAUGAUUUCUGGAUUCUCACUGAAAAUUCCUCAAUGGGUGUCAGAAAGUCUUAACUUUUGCUACCAAAAAUGGCGUCUUUUUGGUGGUUUUCUUGUAAAAUAAUGCUGAUCAAAACUUAUAAUUGAAGCCAGGGCGAAAUAUUUCAUCAGAGAAAAUCAUGGCUUACAGUAAUUCAAAGUCUGUAAGAUUCCAAGAUGAUCUUGAAUCGGCCAAGUAUGUAAGUAGUAAUGGAGGAGACAAUGUGAUUAAGGUGAAGUACAAGAUUGAUGGAUCGAGGCUGGUAGAGCCAAGCUCUCGAAAGGGGGAGAAUGGUGGGAAGAGCGGGAAAUCGUUGAAGGCUAAAGUACUGUCACGAGUUUUCUCGGAAGACUACGAGAGAGUGAAGAGGAAGAUCUUGGAUCCUCGAGGGCCUAUAAUUCGGAGAUGGAACAAGAUCUUCUUAGUAGCUUGCUUGGUAUCUUUAUUCGUAGACCCUCUGUUCUUUUACCUGCCAGUUUUUAGGGGCAACUUCUGCAUAGAUAUCGGGAUCAGGCUCGAAGUUGCCCUUACGGUUAUAAGAUCAAUAGCUGAUGUGUUUUACGUAUUUCAAAUAUAUGUCCGGUUUAGAACUGCUUAUGUUGCUCCAUCUUCUCGAGUAUUUGGGAGAGGGGAGCUUGUUAUUGAUUCUUCGAAGAUAGCGUUAAGGUACUUGCGAAAAGGCUUUUGGAUUGAUGCCCUUGCUGCAUUGCCUCUUCCCCAGGUGUUGAUAUGGGCCAUCAUCCCUAAUCUCGGUGGCUCAUCGAUGGCAAACACGAAAAACGUUCUUAGAUCAAUCAUCAUCUUUCAGUACCUCCCUCGACUUUACCUCAUAUUCCCGCUUUCAUCCCAAAUCGUUAAGGCUACUGGUGUUGUGACCGAAACUGCUUGGGCCGGGGCUGCUUACAACUUGAUGCUUUAUAUGCUCGCAAGCCAUAUAUUAGGAGCUUGCUGGUAUCUACUUUCGAUCGAGAGACAGGAAGCGUGCUGGCACCAUGUCUGCACUCUCGAGAGCCCUUCGUGCCAAUAUGAUUACUUCGACUGCAACAAGGUGAAGGACCCGAGACGAAAGUCGUGGUUCCUCUCGAGCAAUAUUUCGGAACAAUGCAACCCGGAUAGUACAAGUGGGUACCCGUUCGGGAUAUACAAGGAUGCUUUGACAGAUUCUGUUACAUCCGCAAAGUUUUUCAACAAGUACUUCUACUGUCUCUGGUGGGGUUUGAAGAAUUUAAGUUCUUUGGGGCAAAAUCUUUCUACAAGCACUUAUGUUGCAGAAAUAACCUUUGCCAUCGUAGUUGCAACUCUGGGUCUCGUUCUUUUUGCGUUGCUUAUUGGAAAUAUGCAAACUUAUCUGCAAUCGACCACAGUUCGGUUAGAGGAAUGGAGAAUCAAGAGAACCGAUACAGAACAAUGGAUGCAUCACAGGCAGCUACCUCUGGAGUUAAGGCAGUCUGUGAGGAAGUAUGAUCAGUAUAAAUGGAUUGCGACGAGAGGAGUUGACGAGGAUGCUUUGUUGAAAGGUCUCCCUCUGGAUCUUCGUCGGGAUAUCAAACGCCACUUGUGUUAUGACCUGGUUCGACGGGUCCCCUUGUUUGAUGAGAUGGAUGAGAUGAUGAUAGAUGCGAUUUGCGAGAGGCUGAAGCCGGUUUUGUGCACCCAAGACACGUGCCUGGUGCGGGAGGGUGAUCCUGUCAACGAGAUGCUGUUCAUAAUCCGAGGGAACCUGGAUUCCUACACCACGAAUGGCGGGCGCACUGGAUUCUUCAACUCCUGUGGCAUUGGCCCGGGGGACUUCUGUGGCGAGGAGCUGCUGACGUGGGCGCUGGAUCCCCGCCCCAGCGUGACCCUGCCAUCCUCGACUCGAACCGUGAAAGCGGUUUCCGAAGUGGAGGCGUUCGCCCUCGUGGCAGACGACUUGAAGUUCGUGGCAGCACAGUUCAGAAGGCUGCACAGCAAGCAGCUGAGGCACAAGUUCAGGUUCUACUCCCACCAGUGGAGAAUGUGGGCUGCAACUUUUGUCCAGGCGGCUUGGCGGCGAUACAAGAAGCGAAAGAGCGCCGCUGAGCUAAGAGCAAUGGAGGAGGACGAGGGUGAGAGCGAAGGGAAAACGGCGAAUGGGAAGGCGGAGAUGAAGUCCUCACGGCCUCCCGGUUCGGGGUUUGCUCUCCACGCUGCGAGAUUGGCAGCGAGUAGAAGAGGUCACCAUAGGCGAACGGAUUCGGAUUCUGGUGCAGUUAGCUCACUGCAGAAGCCUGCAGAACCUGAUUUCUCUGUAGAUGAUGAAUGAUAAGUGAAACAUGUUGAAAUGGGAUCAACUUUAGAGGGGAAAGAUGUAUGAAUUAAUGUUGGUUUAGUUAUCAUAAUCCUUUCCCAGUUGGCUUCAAUUCUGCAACAUCAUUGGCAGCAAGUUAGAAUACAAACUAGAAAUUACCAUCAAAUUCAGAUUCUCUACAGAUGUUAGAAUUGCAAUGCAGAAAGGCAAAAGUUGUAAUAUAUAUAUAUACUCAUGUUUUUCUCUUU